AUGCCAUUGGCUGGGGGGUGUGCAGUCAGGUGUCUUCGAAUUUGGAGUCUGUUGGGCAACUGAUUCGCCUUGAGAACCUUCGAAUAAAAUAGGAAUAUGAGUAUGUCGUAGAAAUACUUUUAGAUUCAGGCCAAUACAGGAGAAGUAGACAAUGACACCUUGCGACAGCGAUGCAGAGCAACCAACCGACCUUACCUUCGCAAAACGGCCUCCCUCUUUCCCUUCAGCCUUUCAUUUCUUCCUUUUCUGUCAUGACAUUAUAGCGCGCUCAUCAUGUCUGACUUCCUUUCCUUGAUAGGCUGGAGUUUUCUGCCCAACCUCGUCACCGGUUGGGUCCAGACCAUCUACUACGGCAUAGCCAUCCGAGCCGGCGACCCGAAGCCGCGCCCGGGCAGCCCACGCUUCGCCGAGCACCGGCGGCGCAUCCACAUCCUCGUGGUGUCGCUCUACCUGCUCUACACCAUCUACGAGGCCGACUACGAGCUCCGGCGCGCGGGCACCUACUACGGCGACCUGGGCGUCUCGCCCGACGCCUCGGAGCGCGACAUCAAGAGCCGCUUCCGGCGUCUCGCCGCCCUCUACCACCCGGACAAAGCCUCCAACACCCCUGGCUCCGACCCGGCCGACGUCAACGCCUACUUCGUCCACCUCAAGACUGCAAGCGAGACGCUCACCGACCCGGCCCGGCGCUUCGCCUACGAGCGCUUCGGCCCGGCCGUCGUGUCGUGGGACCGGUGUCGGACGGUCCGCGACUUCGUCAUCCGCGGGGCCCAGAACCUGGUCCCCUACUACGCCGUCGCCGCCGCCGCCAUGUACGGCCUCGGCCUGUUCGGCUACCUCGACUGGGCCCGCCACGAGCGCUGGCUCGUCCUCGCCUCGCUGUUCGUCUUUGAGCUGCACACCGUCACCCGCCCCGGCAGGCCCGCCCUCUUCGAGCGUGUCGUCAACCCCUUGCUCCGGCUCGUCACCCCGGCGCGGACACCGUACCUGCCCUUCCAGAUCAUCGCCCUCGCCAGGAAGCUCUGCAUCACCAUCUACAUCGCCUUCUCGCAGAUUGGUCCCCUCCUUGGCGCGGACACGUCAGAGGGCAAGAUCGUGGUCAGCCAGAAGGGGCAGGACGAGGAGCUACUGCUCAGGCAAGCCCUGGACAGGGUAGAGGCGUCGGCGAAGGGGCUGGAUGCCGACACGGAGCGGCUUCUGCAGAUGGAGAUGGCCCCCUUCGCCGGCGAUGACGAGGCCCUGAGUAACAUGAGGGGCACGGUCAAGGAAUGGCUGGUUCAGAACACGAUUCGCGCAGAUCCGAUGGUGCGGGAUGCGCUUGGGAAGUCGCUCCAGAAGCGGCGGGUCGAUGCGCCUUCGGGGGCCAAGGGCAAUAGAUAGAGUAGGUAUCUAGGUAGGCGGUGCGAUUGAUUGAUGGAGAAGCACGUUUAGAAGACUGUUCGUUUUUUGAGAAAUACCAUAUAACUCCGUACGCUAGAGACACAACAUCACUUGGACCCAAACCCCGUUGCCCUGCCCAACACCGUCUCCUUUCUUGGUGUUCAGAGCGGAACACAAACACAUGAUUGAACAAGGAAAGAAGCAAGGAAAUUGUUUGAAAAUG